AAGUUUUUGUCUUGCUCUUAGCUCUUCGGAAGUUGAAAAAAAGUUUUGAUUACAAUUGUGAUAAAAAUGACGAGCUCUACAAUUAUUUAGAGAAUUUGUUAAAUAAAAGUGAGUUUUUUUUCUAAAUAUGACUGUGUGGCGAAAAGUACAAAAUGAAGAAACUUACGCUGUUGCCCUAUACAAUUUCAACGCCACAUCAUCAAACCACCUUCAGCUCGAAGUGGGUGAGCUGGUACACCUCGAGGGAGAGACCAAGGAUUGGUACUGGGGACAAAGUCUUCGACGGGACGGGAGAGGUGUCUUCCCUAAAAACUAUGUCGUGAUACGAGAGUGCCAUGUUGACAGAUGUGGCGAGACAGUUGUUGCUUCGGCGGGUGGUGGUGGUGUGGUACACGAUAUUGCGGUCACAUUAAGAGAAUGGCUGCAGCAUUGGAAGGAUCUUUAUACAAAAAAUGAUGGCCGUUUCAAAUUCAUGGAAGUGAGUAUGCGGGCUUUAUUGGAAUUGCGGGGUCAGGCGGCCUCCGGGGCCUUACCACAGGAUCAGCUGCGACGAGUCGCCAGAACAGCUGUUUUUACUACCGAUAAGGGAAAUAGAAUAUUGGGCAUGGAGUUAGCUGUAAGAACAAUGAGUGGUCAGUUAGUUGACCCGCUGACAACUUCUACGUUCAGGUUGAACGCUCUACAUGACGAAGCAAAUUCGCGGAUUGAUAAAAAUAUGGAAACAACCCCUUCGAGUCGUCCAACGAGCCAAAACCCGAUCGCGCGUACGUACACAAUAGUGGUGAACGUAAAAAACUUCGUCUGCCGUAUGAGUGACGUAGCGGAACUUUCGCUCGCAUUGCACGACUCAAGUGGCGCCAAAUUGACUGAGAGUGUUCUAUUGAGGUGGCCUCCACAAAAUCUCGUCGUGGAUUUGUUUACCGCACAACCUCUUGUUUUUACCGACCUUGGAAGCGAUAUAAAGAAAGAGAAGAUUUUCCUCGUCUGUCACGUCGUGCGAAUAGGAUCUAUGGAGGCACAGAAUGUUGAUCACAGUUUCGAUCGAAUCUCGUGUGUGCCCAGACGCAGCACGAUCACAGGUGCACCGUUAACUAGUGUUGGCACCAUGCGUCGUCCGUUUGGCGUUGCUCUCGCUGACGUCACGCUGUACUUGGCCAAUCAGCAAGCAGAUAAGGAAAUACAGCUGCCAUUUUAUCCAUGUGAGAAAGACAACAUGGACUCUCUUCUGAAGAAAGUGAUAUCAAAUAGAGAUCUGAAAGACCAGAAGCACGCGCAAGGGUUAUGGGUUUACCUUCAGAUGUUUGAGGGGGAUUUAAAACAAAUACGCCAAGAAAACCCACAUAUAGUGGUCGGAAACAGCGCUUUUGCUCGUAAAAUGGGUUUUCCUGAGGUGAUUCUUCCGGGGGACGCCAGGAACGACCUCUACGUGACCUUAUGCGGUGGAUCCUUUUCCCGGGGCGGGGGAAAGUCUUCUGAGAGAAAUAUCGAGCUGGUCGCAAGAGUUGUGGAUAAAAAUGGGCAGAUUAUUCCGGGUGUCAUAUCAAUCGGCGCUGGUGUGGCGCUAGUCAACGAGUAUACUUCUAUAGUUUAUUAUCACGAAGACAGACCCCGUUGGCAAGAAGUUUUUAAGGUGUGCCUAAAUAUCGAGGAGUUCAAGGAGGCUCACAUAGUGUUCCUAUGUCGGCAUCGAAGUUCAAAUGAGGCCAAAGAUCGCAGUGAAAGACAUUUUGCGUUGGCUUAUUUGCGACUUAUGCAAAAGGAGGGUACUACUACAUCGGAUACUCAACACAAUCUUGCUGUUUAUAAGAUCGAUCAUAAGCGAUCACAAUCAAGUGAAGUGGAAACAGAAGCAGCGGCUGCCUGUCUUGGUUUGCCGUCCAGACGUGAUGAGCUCCCCGCUGGCUCUGACCGAGGACUGACUAGAGGUCCAUUAUCACUGGUUCAUAGGGAUACAUUAACUGUGGCCACUAAAUUAUGCUCCACUAAGCUCACUCAGAGAGAGGAAAUCCUUGGGGUGCUUAAAUGGAGUACCCAUCAUGCAGAAGGGACAUUACGUACGGCGCUUACGAAGUUACUGCGAGUACCAAAUGAUGAAUUAGUUAAAUUUCUUCAGGAUAUUUUGGACGCUCUCUUCUCUAUACUAACUCAGGUGGAAGAAGAAAGCAGUUCGUUCACAGAACAAAGUUACGCUGUGCUUGUCCUUGACUGUUUGUUAGUGGUCAUCUCCCUUGUAGCUGACCACAAGUACCAACACUUCCAGCCCGUCCUUCACGUAUAUAUUGAAGAGAGUUUUUGCGACGCUCUCGCUUAUGAGAAAUUAAUUUCGAUAAUGGUCUGGGCGAUACGAUCUGCGGAAAACGGGGAAGUAGCGUCAAAGCGACUUUUACAAUGUAUGAAGUGUUUGGAGAGUCUCGUACGCGUACUCGUACGUUCUCGUCAGUUGCGAGCUGCCUUGGGAUCGCGAGCCACAAAUAGUUCAAGCAGAGAUAACGAUCCCUACUGUCCACAACUUGAGAGUCUCCUCCAAGCGUUAGUGUGGUUGAUGCGUUGUGGGGAUCACGCGCUGACAUGUCAAGGGUCCGCUUUGAAGUACCUCCCGCACGCCAUACCUCAUAUGAUCAAGAUAUAUCCGGACACACAACUCAGUGAAUAUACAGUCUGGGCACUAGAAGCAUUACCACUCGGUCGAUUAUCGAACCAGCGACUUCACGCCUUAUUAGAACUGAUCAAAGGACCUCUAGGCACUAAUGCGGGGUCACGAGCCAAAUUACUUCCUCAUUUGGCCCAAACGUUGCGAUCUCUUUUACGAGCACCAGCUGAGUGGGAGCGCGAGGCAGCCAUUAAGUCACGAUCCGUGAACAAGGCGGCGAGACUGCUCGGCGCCGACACCACACGACUCGUCGAUAACAGCCAGCAACAACAGUUUGUGGAGCUUUGCGUAGACACAUUAGGAGAAGUGGUCACACUGCUAGCAAGGGAUGAUGUGGGACCUGUAGAGGCUGACAGGGGUGUCCUAGCCAGAGCCUUGCUUCCUACAGUAUUAAAGAUAGCCGUCACAAUGAUGCGGGAGAGAGGAAGAGAUGAGACCAUCGCUAAUGAUGAUCCUUUACUGCGCAAACUGAUCUGUGUACUGCUAGACAUGGUGCGACAAAUGUCUGAGGAACAAUACACAACUGUAAUGAAGACAGUAGAGGCAGAAGGUACAGGCCGAUCCGACUCCUUAGCCCAUGAUGCUCUGGCGAUGAUGACGUCACUUCUCCAAAGGCCGGUCUUCAGGUCGUAUUGGGCCGAUAUGCUGCAUCUACAACAUUAUAUUAUGAUGCAUGCUUUAAGGCUUCUCUCUAGAAUGCUGCGAGACAGCCUGUCCACACUGGAUGAGACGGAUACCGACAGCGUUAGUGCAGUCCAUUCAACCUUAGCCGAAUGGUUCAGUACUGUGGGUCUCGUUGCGUCAUCCCCUCCACUGCAGUUAGAGAGCGUUCCAGCUACGAGAAAACACCGGGUGGUGAUGUUGUAUGGCGAUAUACGUAGGUCUGCAGCGACGUUGGCAGCGGAGAUGUGGUAUAGCUUGGGUGACCACAAGCGAUAUUUCAUCCCUCAGCUAGUAGGCCCCUUCCUUGAAGUGAGUUUCCUCAACGAUGAAGAAGUACGCAACACCAUAAUACCGCUCUUUUUCGACAUGAUGCAGACUGACUUCAGGCGGACACAGGAGAUUUAUGGUGAAGGUAACCUUCGUACAUUCGAAAAUGAGUUAAUAGACAAGUUAGACGUGUUAGCGGAGGCAGGGCGUGGCGAUGCACAAUGGCGUGCUCGUUUCGUAUCUCUUUGUGGCGCUAUGUGCAACCAAAGCACGGAGUUGCGCAACUGUGGCUCGACUUUAGUUGCCGCAGCUGCCCGGCAACUGGAUGCCCUGUUACAGUAUAGGGCAGCUCCUACGUCCCAUAGAAUGUAUUUGAUCACCAGUGUGCUGCGGUUCUACGAGCAGAUUGAAAGACCGCAUAUGUAUAUCAGAUAUGUGCACCGGUUAGCAGCCAUGCAUCGUUCGUCCCAGCAUUGGGCAGAAGCGGGUCUCACAUUACAGCUACAUGCAAAGCUACUUGAAUGGAGUCAUACUUCGUUGCCGCCGCGGUUGAGACAUCCUGCUUCGCCUGACUCACAUCUUACGCAUUUGGAUCUCAAGAUAUUUCUAUACGAAGAAAUGGCCCGUCUGCUAGAGUCGGGUAGGCAGUGGGAGGCAGCUGUAGAGGUUAUCAAAGAACUAGUGUUAGUGCAUGAACAAAAUGCUCUAGAUUAUACCGCAUUGGCCGAUUUACACGAACUAUUGGCUUCUCUAUAUAGAGCCACUUUACAUCAAACCAGGUUACCCAACUCUUACUUCAGGGUGCGGUAUUUGGGUAAAGGAUUCCCACCGCAUUUGCUCACACCAAAGGGUUUUGUAUACCGCGGUAACGAGUGUGAUAUGCUUCACAACUUCAAAGAGCGAAUGCUAGAUGAGUGGCCUGAAGCUGAGGUUCUACUGAAACUGGAUGAACCCGGAGAAGAUAUCACGGAGUCUGAUGGACAAUAUUUACAAAUAAACGCGGUGACACCAGUUAUCUCGGAGAAAUGGGCGCAUCUCGUGAACAAACCGAUUGAUGAGAGAAUACUUCAGUAUUAUGAGCACAAUAAUGUUAAUAAGUUUAUUUUUUCUAGACCUGUAUAUAAAAAUGAUGACGGCGAUUUAAUAUCGGGUAAAGAUGUUUCUGGUGCAAAGGAGUUCGCAUCGAGGUGGAUUGAAAGGACGGAAGUGGAGAUUAGUGAUAAAUUACCUGGUAUACUUCGUUGGUUCCCUGUAAUAGCUUCGCGUACAUACUUGGUGUCUCCUCUGGAAGUGGCGGUGGAAACUAUGUCAAAUACGAACAGACAACUCAAACGGGUCAUUAUGGAGACGAAAAGUACUAAUGCGAUAUUACAUCCGCUGACUAUGAGAUUGCAAGGUAUCCUGGACCCACAAGUACAAGGAGGGCUAGUUAACUACGAGUUGGCAUUCUUCACGGCCAGCUACGAGGCACGGCAUCCUGAACAUAGCGGCCUACUGCAGCAGCUCAAAGAUUUGAUUGCUGAUCAAGUGCCUUUACUGAAGUUUGGUUUAGAAGUUCACGCCUCUCGGGAUCCGGACAAGAAAAUGCACGCAUUAUUGGUGAAACGUUUCCACGAGCUGCAACAGAAGGUUGAACAGAACUUCGGUAGACGUAUAAGUGAAUUUGAUACUCUAAGUGAGGCCUCAUCAGAAGUUCAGUUGCGAGCAAAUCUUAGAGAUAGCAGCGAUAUUGACUCAAGAAGCCUCGCGAAUAACCGGAUGUCAGAUAUAUCGACCGGAAAUGAGUCAACUUCCAAAUCAAAGUUCAUAUCCGCUUUUAAUAGGACAAGAAUAAGUAGCAGCGGUACACUAACCCCAAGGCACAAAAAAAGAAGUAGAAAGAGUGAAGUGAGCAUUCAAUCAAGUGGUAGUCAGUGGUACACUUCUGCUACAACGAAUGGUGUGAACAGCGCUAUAAACAGUGCCAUAACGUCAGCCAUCGCCAGUGCCUUUAACAAUAACUUGAAUAGUGUCAGCUCACCGAAUAUUGUUGAUUCAUCAGUUUCUCCUCUGCGGGAGCUGCGCCAGGACUUGGUGACGGAAAGGCCUCUUCGGGCGGACGUCGAGCGGCGGUUAUCGCAGCGAGCUUCAUACGUCACUUCCUCAGAGCCACCAUCUAACAGGGAUUCGUUAGGCACUACAGACUCGAACCAAGACGAAGAGGAACCGCCGCCGCUACCAGUCAAGCAGUCACACAGAAGUCUAGACCUGGACACAGAGAACAAUAACCAGGAGUCGAACCCUCUACCCACCAGGUAUAAUUACGAUUUAGUGCUGUCACCGCGCAACUCAUAUUUGUACCAAUCAAAGAGAAGAGAGUUACCACCGACCAAUGAAAAAGCGCCGACGCCGCCGCCAAAGAAAAGGAAUCAAACUAAUGCAUAAUCUGUAGUUCCGGUCCAGUUAAUAUAAGAUCUUAUACGGGCUUAAAUGUGGCCUAAAAUCAUUUGUUACCAUGGUAAGCGAUCAUCCUUUUACAUAUAAUUAGCAUCGUAAAUAGUAAUCUUGGGGUAAAUAUCAUAUUAUAAUGAGAAUAACAGCGUAACCAUGGUAACAAGAUUAAUUAAUUUCAUUUUAAUCCCACCAUUCCAUUUCUAAUAACUUUUAUUUUCGACUUAUUUACAAAAACUUGAAUUUUGUAUCGUUUCUUACCUAAUAACGUAUAAAUUCUUACAAUAACUUUGAAACGGAUGAUUCGUCCUUUAGAUUUUAUAAACAUAUGUCUUCCAAAAAAUCUAUAUAAAUACACAUUUAUAUGGCAAAUAUGAUUGAAUAUUAAUAUUCGCCUUUGUCGUAAGCUACUGCUACUACUAUUAAUGAACAAAAUGCAAAAGUAAUAAUAUUUUUCUCUUUAAUUUUUGUAUAUUCUAAAGGUUUUAUAAACUUUUGUUAGAUUUUCUAAUUCAAAUUAUCGUGAUAUUAAAAACUUGAUGCCAUGUUCCCAAAGCGAUAUACCCGUGUCAUAUGUAUAGGUAGGUUAUCAAUAAUUUAUAUUGUACAAUAUAGUUUAUUUAAGAGCAACAGGUGUAUAGGAGAUUAAAACUAAUGUAAGAAAAAUGUUUUUUUUUUUUUUUUCGUUUAUUGUGUGAAUCAAAAUAUCGAACAGAACUAGUUCAAGGAAAAUAAUUUGCAGUAGGUAGUGGUAAUUAUUAAAUUAGAAGAAAAAAAAUAACUCGGUCAAAUAGCAACUAUUUUAAUUAAAGUAGUCAUCUUUCUUUUUUCAUCACAGAGUAAACACAAUUUGACAGUAAGAGACAGCAGAUUUUAGUAAAAACAGUGUAAUUUUUUGUCAUGUCCGUUAUUUGAAUACUUUAUAAAUCCCGUCUGCAUGAGAUAGCAGAAAAUUUCAUACAAUUUAUACUGUUCAUUAACAAUAUGUUAAUGGAAAGUCAAACGUUCAAACUUUAUAGCGACAUACCACAGGAAGUAGUUAGAUAAUAAAAUAGUCAGAUUCCAGAAACGGCUUACUUUGGAAGUCCCAAUAGAUUGCUCCCCCGGCUUCAAUGUUUGGCAUAUUAAAGCCAAAAUUCUAUACAAAAAUAUCGAUAUCGACACUUUUGGAAGUUACAUAGUACCGGCGCAAGCCAGGACAUAUAUAACAACAACAUUCCCGGCAUAUGUAAUGUUAUUUUUUUACUUUGACUCAACUAUGAGAGAAUGACGUAACCUCUAAAGAUUUGUAACACAAUUCUUUGAAUUUGUUAACUAUAGCUUUAAUGUAUAUAAUUUUGUACUCCCUUUAUAUUAAAUCUACAUAUUGUUUAUUAUACAAAAAAAAAGUUCAAAAGAGCUCGCAGUUCUUUGCCCGCAAAGUCCACUUUUAGUAUGUUUAACAUCAACUAUAUAUAGGCAGUGUUAUAUUUGAGUGGACAUUGUCUUUAAGUUAAUUGUGUUUAUAUAUUGACGUAACGUAAAAACCAGGGUUUACAAACAAUUGCAACUGGAAUUCCUUUGUUGUUACAACGCACGUUGAGCCUAUAGCAAAAUUAUUAUUCGCCUAAAUUAUCAAUAAUACAGAAAUGGGUCUAACAAGGCGAUUUUAAACAAAAACAUAACUUUAUCAUACUUAGACGUUUAUCAUACUUGAAUCUAAAUCAAAAAUGUUCUGAUUUUAUUCUAAAUUAUAGGGCAAUCUUUAAUGUUUAGUAAAAAAUCGUCUUUUGUGGCCUGAACAAUCUGUAUACCUAAAUUACAAGGCAACAAAAAUAACGUGUUUUUUCUUGUACUUCCAUAAACAUACAAAAUGGUUUAUGUUACGGCGCCACUGCUCGUGGCCCAGAAUUGUCGGAAAACUUAGAUAUUUAUGAUAUUAUUUAAUACAUAAUAAUAUUGAAAUAUACUCUUGUAAAUCCAAUGUUUAUAUGAUUAAGUGUUAGAUUUUGUAAUAAACAUUAUUAUUAA